AUGCAGUCCAACUUGGACAGAGACAGUGGAUCAAGCAGGGCAUCGCUAUAUAUGGCCUACAAUACGGCCGCUACUCGGUCUUUCAUUCGCGACAAGACUGCUCUUCGAACACCUUUCCUUGGGCUUUCUGGUCCUCGACUAAUGGACGACGAAGCCCACGCGACACUAUUUCUGACGCUCAUGUUCAUCAACUCUGUCAUCGCCCGCUCGUUCAACAUCGGCACCGCGCUUGAGCGUGUACGUAGACUAGGCCUAACCGUUCAUCGCCGGACGAACUCUACAACAUCCCUCGAUCACUUCAUUAUCUCGUCGCUCGGCAAUGCAUGGAUGCCUGGUCUGCCUCCGCGAUGCAUUGCAUUGUGUACAUAUAGCGCGUUGCCUCUCCACGACAGCGACCAGGCGAUUCCCGAUCCAUUCGGGGUUGGGUGGCAACUGUCCUAUAGCGCGGUGGACCUGACGAGCCACGAGCCUGAACUGAUUGUGCCACAACAUCUCUUUACCCCUUUCGAGGGCACCAAAAGGAGCGAGAGUGCUCUUCAACGCACUGACAUGUUACUGCUGUUUUUCACGCGGUCUGAUGGCGGUGUAGGUGUGCGCGUCGCUGCGGACGCUGACUAUGAGGCUAUCCCGGACACACCCACCCGAGUUUCGGCAACUUCCCUUAAGGUCACCCUGAGACUUCUCAAUUACUCACUGGUCGAACGUCAGAUCCAACUUCGUUCUCCCAACGCUAAAGUCUCAGCGCGCCGCCUUGCCCGUCUGGUGGCUGCGAAAGUACGCAGCUGCAUUGAGCAUGCUGAGCGCGAGAACGCGACGAUCUCGCACUGGAACGACCCACGUUGGAAGUCCGGCACGACCGGUGAAUGCAUCAAGGCCGGUGAUGUCAUUCUUAUUGGCCUGAUCUUUGUGUCUCCUGGAAAGGUAACGCCUCUUUUGAGCCUUCGUUCUGAUUACAACCUUCUCGGCCCAUCUGGUUGGCCGUAA